GUCACUUUCAGCGCGAUUAUAUAUUGCCUCCGCUGUCUUGUGGAUGAGGAUAUUCCAUUAAAUCAAGGUUGUCUCACUCCAAUAGAUAUUAAAAUUCCCCCAAAUUCAAUGCUAAACCCAUCUGACCAAGCAGCUGUUGUUGGUGGUAAUGUACUAACUUCACAGCGCCUUGUUGAUGUUAUUCUCAAGGCAUUCCAAGCAUGUGCCGCAAGCCAAGGAGAUUGUAAUAAUUUGACAUUUGGGAAAGAUGGGAAAGUAGUUGAUGGAAAAAUGGUUGAUGGAUGGGGUUAUUAUGAAACAAUUGCCGGAGGUAGCGGUGCUGGUGAAACUUGGGAUGGACAGUCUGGUGUACAUGUGCAUAUGACUAAUACAAGAAUAACAGAUCCAGAAAUAAUCGAACGAAGACUAGACCACGCUGUUAUGUUACGUGAAUUCUCACUUCGUAGAGGUUCAGGUGGUAAGGGUUUGCAUAGAGGUGGCAAUGGAGUAAUCCGUGAUCUUGAAUUCCGUGAGCCGCUUCAAGUAAGCUUGCUUACGGAAAGAAGAGUAUUCCAUCCAUAUGGAUUAAAAGGUGGUAAAGAUGGUGCAAAGGGAUUAAAUCUUUGGAUUCGUAAAAGCAAUGUUAAAGGGGGAGAUCGAGUACUUAAUUUAGGUAGUAAAAAUAGUUUUAAAGUUGGCGUGGGAGAUCGUGUUGUGAUUUGUACGCCAGGGGGUGGCGGAUGGGGAACACCAAAUGAAAAAACUAAUGAUGAUAUGGACAUUGAUGAAGCAAUUUCGAGAUUUUUGUAA